AACCAAUCCUUCUCUUAUAGAAAAAGAGAAGCAUGUGAAUUUUUAAAAAACAAAAAAAAGUGGGCACAUGAAAACAACUUUUAACAUCAUCAUCAUCAUCAUCAUCAUUUAUCUUCUUCUGAUUUUCUUCUCUUCUUUCUUGAUUCUCACCUACUACUACCCAUAUACCCACCUCUUCAACUUGCACAAAGCAAGCUCACCCCCAUUUCCACUGUAAGUCACUCUUUCUCUCACCUUUUUUUUCUUUUUCCUUUCCCUCAUGUCGACCCUUUUCCUUGAAUUCAUGGAUUGAUAGUGUCACCAACCUAUAUACAAAAAGGAGAUAAUAUAAAAACUAGAGGAGAAAAGAAAAGCUUCAAUGCUUUGCAAGUAAUCAAUCUUUUUACUACUAACUACUACUACUACUCUCUGAAACAAUUCUGUUUUUGUUCUGUUCUUUUAUGUUCUCUUUCCUUCUAAAACAUUCUUUCUCUUAUUAAAUCUUGCCUUUGCUUUCAUGCAUUCUUCUUUUAAUACUUUUAGAAGGUAUCAUUGGUUUCCAAAAGGGAGAUUCAAGUAGGUGUAGGAUCUCUUUUUAUAUCAUUCUAUAUCAGUUUGUUCUGUUUCAGCUCUGUUCUUGUUCUGUUUCUUGCCAAAUCCAAGCACUAUAUAUAUAUAUAUAUAUAUAUCUUAGAAACCCCUUGAAUCAUCCAAUUCAGAAAGAUUUAUUUUCUUGCAAUGGAUUCUUUCAAUCAAGCUAGAGUGUUCCGAUACAAUCCGAGUUCGAACACAAUGACUGAUGGGGAUGGUGAUCCUGAAGAGUCCGGGAUUCUUGAAAUAUAUGUUCACCAUGCUAGGAAUAUUCAUAACAUAUGCAUCUAUGAUAACCAAGACGUGUAUGCAAAAUUCUCUCUUACUUAUAACCCAGACGAGACUCACUCAACUAGAAUCAUCAAUGGAGGCGGAAAGAACCCAGAAUUCAAUGAAAAACUAGUGAUCAAAGUCACUCAACUUGAUGCAGUUCUGAAAUGUGAGAUUUGGAUGCUUAGUAGAGCUAGAAAUUACAUGGAAGAUCAACUUUUGGGAUUUGCUUUAGUCCCAAUUUCACAAAUCAUUGGCAAAGGAAAAGUAACUGAAGAUUAUAGCCUUUCCUCAACUGAUCUCUUUCAUUCACCUGCUGGUACUGUCCAAUUGUCUCUUUCUUUGAACAAAUCUUUGCCUGCCAAUCCUUCAUCAUCAACACCUGCUGCUUCCAUAUCAGCUGAAGUUGUGUUGCUGGAUAGAAAAAUAUCACAAGUUAUUCUUGAUCCUGUCGAGUAUUCGCGGAUCGAAUUUCCUGACAUCAAUGUUGUUAGAGAGAAUCAACAAAUGGUGUCUGAAUAUUUUGAUGGUUUGGGUUCAAAACCUGGUUCAUUUCUCCAUCUUGGUGCUUCUCCUAACCUUAUUGUGGACUAUGAGAUGACUGCAAAUUCUCCUGAAGAAAAUCAAGGGGAUUCAGCUUCUCCUACUGAUAGUAGCAUACAGAAUUCAGGUUUCCUGAGCUCCACUACGACUAGCUUAAGCGAUGAUUCCAUUGAUAAAAAAGGUACUAAUCUUCUAGGGGGUCAUUCAUCAGUCACUACUGAAGUUAAUCAUGGAUCAAGCACUUGUCCUGACACUCCAACAUCAAAGAAAGGAAGUGAAGUAAGAGAGGAUAAGGAUUCGAGUUUUUCGAGCAAAGAUGAGGAGAGCAAUAAGGAAGGAAGUAGCAUAGAUUCUGUUAAAUUCAGUCAAGUGUUUUCAUCUCCAUUAGGGAAUAUCAACCUUGAAGCAGAACAACAGUCAGUAAUGCAGCAACAAAUAGUAGACAUGUACAUGAGAAGCAUGCAGCAGUUUACUGAAUCUUUAGCCAAGAUGAAACUUCCUAUGGAUCUUGACAAGCCUGAACAUGAAGAUCCUGGAGACCUGAUUCAAAGUCAUAGCAAUACACUAGAGGUUGACAAGAAGAAAAAAGAUGGAUCAAGGGUGUUCUAUGGAAGUAGGGCAUUUUUCUAAUAAAUUCAACUGCUGCUACAUAUAUGAUAUUAAUUAGCUUUGUUCUUGCAGGAUAUGGAGUUUAAUUUAUUGGGUUUCUCUCGGCUUUGAUCCAUCAGUUGAAUUUCAUGACUGAAAACAUUUAGUGUAUCCUUUAGUCUUUGUUUUAACCUCUCCUUCCUCCAUGUUGAUGGGUAACAUUUCUUCAAAUAUGGGUUUCAUUAACUUUCAUAAAUAACAAUUUCUUAGAUUUGUGUAUUGUUUUUCUGAAA